AACAGACACAACCUUCUUUCCACGACACAAUCACGACACAAUCACCACACAACCAACAGACUGCAUUAGACAUGGGUAAACGCAAGGCUGCAAAGCGCGAAGGACCUAAGAAGAAGCGUGAAGCACUCGCAACUUCCUUCAAGUGUGUCUUCUGCAACCACGAGACCUCAGUCAGCGUCAAAAUCGAUAAAAAGAUGGGUGUCGGCAACUUGAGCUGCAAAUCAUGUGGACAAAACUUCCAGACGAGCACAAAUUACCUCAGCUCCGCUGUCGACGUGUAUUCUGACUGGAUCGACGCCUGCGAAACUGUCGCCAAAGAGACGGCCGGUCCGCCUGCUCCUGCCUCCUCUUUCCGAGAACCACAAACCUCUGCGCCGCGCGCAGGCCUGGCGCCUGGAGAGAAAUACACCGAUGAAGAUGCCGGGUUUAUAGACGAUGAAGACGCGGACGCUGAGGCUGAUUAUGCCGAUUGAGCAUUCUACGGUUUCGCGGCGGGAUGUGUCGACGAGCGCUGCUCCACGCCAAAAGAGAAAGGAAAGGGUAUAUUCGAAACGCAACAAGCACCUCCACCGUCUCGGGGAACGGGAUCGCGCACUUUUGCAGCAUUAUCUAUAGAUAUGCACACAUGUGUGCAGGAAGACGAAGGACCACGCGACCCUGAGAGCACGGGUUUGAGGUUGGUAGGGAUGAGUCGUCCAUAAAUAAAGGUUCGGCCCCAGUUUAUGGAUGAUCGGCAGGGCCAACAUCGGCCGACUUGCCAUCUGGAGUUCCCGCUCCGUACGCGAGGGAAUGACGAUAGUACCUUAUGAUACAUAUCCAACCUCCUACCAGGUCAGGUCUGCUGAGACAGAAACAUCAAUCUCGCGCAAUUUGCGCUUGGCAUUCUUCUGUAGUGCAUCAUUGUGGCUCACGUGUGUGACACACACAAGACGGCAAUGAGGCAAAGUGGAUAAAACAAAGAAAUAUGAUAAGGAAUUCGAGUU